CCACCAGCAAAACCAAACCAAACCCAAUCUCUCUCUAACUAUACGCACUACACCGGGACGACACCGUUCUCUGCCACACUCCUCCGUCUGUUGCUCUUCUCACAACGUCUGUUCCACUGCAUAGGGUUUCGUUUCCUUCAUCGGAUCUGAGUUUCGACAAACAUAAAUCAACUCCCCUUGUCUGAUCUGUUUCUCUCUCAUUCAAACGAUACCACCAGAUCGAGCGCUUUGUUUUGGUUGUUGGGCUAUACUUUUGGAUCGGAUUACGGCCGGGCAUUUUCAUUAUCAGAUGGGAAUGCCCGAACGAUGAGCAAACACGGCCACCAAGACGAAGAAGAAGAUAACAACGAGUGUUUCUACGAGUCGCUUGAUCGCUUACUUUCUUCAACCACUUGCUCUUCUUCAUCCUCUUGUUCGGACAACGAAGAGGAAGAUGAUGACGUAACUCUAGGUGAUCAGAAUUGCAGUGGUGUUUCUGAUUAUAAUGCUUUGGUACGCCCCUUGCCUAUCCCUAAAUUUCCAAUGGGCGUUGCUAACAAUUACGAUGUCUGGAUCUCACGUCCCUCGUCGGUUGAUGAACGCCGUAUGCGGUUGCUGCGGCAGAUGGGACUCAGCCGCGACUCUUCCUUCUUCCGACAUAAGCCCUCUAUGUUCUCCUCACCAGCCACCGCCGUUACAAAGUUCGGUAAGUAUGGCUUCGCGCAUCAGGUUCCUUCUAACCCUGGCAUCAUUCGAUCAAAGUCUGCUGAUCCUGAACACUGUAGUUCUAGUUCUCAUUUGGAUUCCUAUCAAAAAAUUCUUUCUAAUAAUUCAUGUUCGUCGCCUGUUGCUGAUACCUUACCAAUGGAAACUGUAAUUAACAACGUCGAUAACCAUGUCUUAAUUGAAUCGCGAAACCGCAGUGGAUCACCUGUUGUCAGUGCUAAUACUGAGUUGCCUAAUAAGCCGCCGGCGGUGAAACUAAUUGAGCGGAGUGAAGAGAUUAUCAAAUGCAAUGAUUGUUCCACCACGAAUAUGAACUUCGAUAUUAGUAGCACCAACGGUGAAGUAGCAGACGUGGAUUUGGAUUCCAUUAGGUCUAGCAAUGAUGCAGUGUGCACAAUUAAAAAUCUAGAUAACGGGAAGGAGUUUGUGGUAGAUGAAGUUAGAGAGGAUGGAAUGUGGGAAAAGCUGAAGGAAGUUGGAACAGGGAGGCACUUAACUAUGGAAGAAUUCGAAAUCUGUGUUGGCCAUUCACCUAUUGUUCAGGAGUUAAUGAGAAGACAGAAUGUAGAAGCAGGCAAUAACGAUUCACCUGACAACAACAGCAGUGGGAAUGGAUCUAAAACCAAAAAGAAAGGAAGUUGGUUGAAGAGUAUCAAGAAUGUAGCAAGUUCAGUUACAGGUCAUAAGGAGAAACGAAGCAGUGAUGAGAGAGAUACAUCAUCAGAAAAAGGUGGAAGAAGAUCAAGCUCUGCAACUGAUGAUAGCCAGGAUGUUUCUGUUUCUGCUUCUGCUUCUGCUUCUGCUUCUUUUCAUGGUCCAGAAAGAGUCCGUGUUAGACAAUAUGGGAAAUCUUGUAAAGAUGUAACAGCUCUUUACAAAACCCAAGAGAUACAAGCUCACAAUGGAUCAAUCUGGACAAUCAAAUUCAGCUUAGAUGGAAAAUAUCUGGCUUCUGCUGGUGAAGACUGUCUGAUUCAUGUCUGGAAAGUUGUGUCCUCAGAUAGAAAAGGUGAUCUUUUAUUUGAUAAACAACAGGAAGAUGUGAAUAUAAACGUGUUGUUAUUAUCCAACGGGUCACCAGAACCAGGGUUUGGAUCACCAAAUAGUCAACUGGAAAAGAAGAAAAGAGGAAGGUUAUCAAUAAGCAGAAAGUCAGCAACUUUGGAUCAUAUUGUAAUGCCAGAAACCAUUUUCAAUCUAUCAGAAAAACCAGUAUGUUCAUUAAAAGGACAUCUGGAUGAUGUUCUUGAUCUCUCCUGGUCAAAAUCACACCAUUUGCUGUCAUCUUCAAUGGACAAAACCGUGCGCUUGUGGCAGUUGUCUAGCAAGUCAUGUUUGAAGAUCUUUUCACACAAUGACUAUGUGACUUGCAUCCAGUUCAAUCCUGUUGAUGAGAGAUACUUCAUUAGUGGAUCACUUGAUUCCAAAGUCCGGAUUUGGAGUAUUCCUGAUCAUCAAGUCGUUGAUUGGAAUGAUAUGCAUGAAAUGGUCACUGCUGCUUGCUAUACACCAGACGGUCAGGCUGCAUUAGUUGGUUCCUACAAAGGGAGCUGCUGUUUAUACGACACAACUGAAAAUAAAUUACAACAGAAAAGUCAGAUUAACCUGCAGAACAAAAAGAAGUCGCGCCAUAAAAAGAUCACCGGUUUUCAGUUUGCUCCAGGUACUGCAUCAGAAGUGCUAAUCACAUCAGCAGAUUCUCGUAUUCGUGUUGUUGUCGAUGGUAUCGACUUGGUUCACAAAUUCAAAGGGUUCCGGAACACAAACAGGCAAAUCUCGGCCUCUGUGACAUCAAACGGGAAAUACGUGGUGUGUGCCAGCGAGGAUUCACAGGUGUAUGUCUGGAAACACGAAAGCAAUUCCAGGCCUAGUAGAAAAAAAGGCGUGACAGUUACUCGAUCUUAUGAGCACUUUAACUGUCGAGAUGUAUCGGUUGCAAUCCCGUGGCCUGGUAUGACAGACUGUGGUCCCCAUGAUUUGUUUUUUCAUGGGGACCACUUGGAUGAGGUGGCAACUGGUAACCAGUUGCCACCUCAUCCACCAACACCAGAAGAUCAAACAAAUGGAAAAGAAAGCCCGUUUCAUGGUAUUAUUUCUAGUGCAAGCAACGGUUAUUUUUUCGAUCGGUUUUCCGCCACAUGGCCUGAGGAAAAACUUGUUAGUAGACAUUCGAGUGCGGAUUUUACAAACGGGUUGAGUGUGAGUAGUAAGUCGGGGUGGGGUAUGGUGAUUGUGACAGCUGGCCUUCGUGGGGAGAUUAGAACAUUCCAGAAUUUUGGAUUGCCUGUUCGAUUAUAGAGUUUUGUUAUUGGGAAAUUUGUACAUAAAUGUUUCCAUGAUUUGUAAUAUUAGCAUAUAGAUUUAGAUGGUGCAGGAAAGAAUUAGGGCUGAUCAAGAGAAGAGAAAAAAAGAAAAGGAAAAAACAACACAGUUUUUGUUUUUGGUUUAGUAAGGAAAAUGUAGAGUUAACAUGAUGACUAAAGUAAAAAGAAGAUUGGAAUUACAGAGGU